UGCUGAUGCUGCUGCAGCGGGUUCCAGAUCCCCCAGGCGCCGCUGAGUCGCCCACCCACUCCGCCUUCCAGAGCUGUGAUGAUCCGAAUCGGGGGUUUCCCAGUGAACCGAACUGUCACUGGGAAACGGCUGCUGCCACCCGCCUGCCGAUCCCAGGCGGCUUCUCAGUCCGGGAGAUUCUCCGGGCUCUCUUUCCCAAACCCCCGGGUUGCCGCAUGAAAUGGUCUGUUGAAAAAAAAACUUCCCCUUCCAUCCUCGCUUUUACUUCCCGCUCUCUUUUCUUUUUACUGUCUGCCUUUCCCAUUCCUCCCUACACCUCCAGCCUUCUCCCCUUGUUGGGGGGGAGGGGUGGGAUAGUCUAAGCGGCCCCCUCUUCCCAGCCCCAGCCCUCCUCCCUGUGCACCCUCACACCGAUGAGCCAACAUCAGCCUCUUCCGCGUCGGGACCAGAGGCAGAGGCAGAGGGAGAGGGAGCGCGGCAUGGCCAGCAACGGCACCACAGUGCCGGGCGGGGGCGCUCUCGGCGAGCAAUCGCCGCCCACCACCGCAACCAGGCAGCGGGGGCAAGGGCUCGGCGCCGGCAAGAGACACAAGCUGAUCCCGGCCAGAGCCGAGGACGCGACAGGCUGCGCCCCGGCGGCGCAGGACGGGCGCCCCGCCGAACACGAGAGCUACCAGACCGGCGGAGUCUCUUGCUCCAACGACGCCGAGUCUGUGUGCAGCAGCAGCAGCAGCGGCAGCAGUUUUCGCAACGGGGGCAUCACUCCCACCUGCAGAAUCUGCUUCCAAGGCUCAGAGCAGGGUGAAUUGCUGAGUCCUUGUCGAUGUGAUGGUUCAGUCCGCUACUCUCACCAACCAUGCCUUUUGAAGUGGAUUAGUGAAAGAGGGUCGUGGAGCUGUGAGAUUUGCUGUUACAGAUACCAUGUUGUGGCAAUACGAAUGAAAAGACCAUGUCAGUGGGAACCUAUCACAGUGACCUUGGUUGAGAAGGUUCAAAUAGUAGCAGUGAUCCUUGGUUGCCUUUUUCUGAUAGCAAGUGUGACCUGGCUCUUAUGGUCAGCCUUCAGUCCUGCUGCAAUUUGGCAACGAAGAGACGUCUUAUUUCAGAUCUGCUAUGGAAUGUAUGGCUUUAUGGACCUUGUUUGCAUAGGUCUAAUUGUUCAUGAAGGUGCAGCAAUAUAUCGAGUAUUUAAACGCUGGAGAGCUGUAAAUCUACACUGGACUGUUUUAAAUUAUGAUAAAUCAAAGGAUUUAGAAAUUAACAGCAGCAAUGCUGAAAGUACUACCAAUCAGAACUUUUGGGCGUCUCUGAAUCAAUUCAGAACACAAAGGCCAGUUGGUUCUACUCAGCUAAUGCUUGAAGGAUUUCACUGCAGCUACACAUUGUUACAUUUACUGACACGAUUCAGGCCAAAUGAUGAGGACUAUGAUGACAACAGUUCAGCAGAGGUAGUGAUGAGGGUAACAACAGUAUGAGAAAUGAUGCCUCAUAACCCGACAAUUAGGGAAUGUUUGUUCCUUGUUCCAUUUGUGCUAUAAGAUCAAAGAAGUAUGGAGGGUAAAUAAAUGUAAUAUAUUUAACAUACUUUUAUAGAAAGCAUGCACUUUUGAUAUGGUGCUUACUUCUUACUGUAAUAUCUAUUUUUUUAAACUGUUAAAUGCCAGUUGAUUUUUGUUUGUAGAUCAAUAGGAUUUGCAUAUGUUUUUCAUGGUGUACAGCAAUUAAUGGCUUUCAAAAAUAAAACACAUUGCCAAAAUAACUUACAUAAAAUUAAUGCAUUUUAAUCCAUCCUUCAAAAUCCAAACAUAUUACUUUGAAAAAAAUUCCACAAAGUUUCUUUGAAAAUUAUAAUUGAACAAAAAUAAUGACCCAUUAGUGAGCAAUAACAAAUGUAGUGAAAUUCAAAUGACUUGUUUCCCAAUUGCUAUUAUUUAAAUUUGGUGAAUCUUGUACUCAUUAUAUAGAGUCAAUUUUAUUAGCUUUAUUCGCUUUAUUAUCACACGUACUCACAUGAGUACAGUGAAAAGUUUACAUGUUGUAACUUACAGCCAAGGUACCUAGGUGCAGAUUCUUAAGUGUCAGAGGAGGUGAGAAAUAUUAGAAAGUGUCCAAUGCAAUUUUGACAUCAAAUGUUCCUUUCCCAGGUGAGGCACUGGUGAGGGGUAGAUGCAGGCGAGGAUUAGAUGCAGGGUGAAUCCCACACAAUGUAGUGUUAACAAUAUGCCUUAACCCUGAUUUUUUUGCAGUUUGUGACAUUUGCAUUUCAUCAAACAUCCGUUGUAUUCCAUUUUUUCAGUCAGGUGAAUAAUUUAAUGUGGUAAUUAAAGUAAAAUUAUGAAAAAUUAGACAUGGUAAAGUAGAAUCCAGCCAGAGUUGGGAGUGAAACAUCCCCAAGUUUGUUUACACAAUUUUUUUCUGAGUUGUUAUCUGGGUUAAAUUCAAUCCAGACCCAAUGUUUAAGGGUAGUUACUAAUCGAUUGUAUUUUCAUUAGCAGAAGAGCUUUGUGUAGGUUACCUGAACCCAGAGCUUCUAUAAUAUCCUUAUGCCAAAUCUGCUAUGUGAAUAGUUAUUUUAAUCAAAACAGCCUGUAAUAAAUAUUGUAUAUAAGCCUGUGUGCCUUACCAGUAUUAACAACUGCCUCAAAUCCUUGUAGAAUGACAUCAGAUAGUGCAUACAAAAUGCCUUCUUACUGUAAGCAAGUGCAUUAUGCUGAUCAUGUGACUGGAACAAAAGGUGAAGUUAUUUUAUGCUUUCAAAUUCUAGGUGUACUUAUUCAUUUGUGUACAUUAUAAUGUAUUUUUUAUCAGUUCAAUAAAUAACGAUGAUAGCUUGAUGCUGC